AGAUCUCGAGCACCAUUGGAAUUUGGAAGCCUCGUUCGUCCUUCCAAGUGAUCCAAUCUCAGAGGAAAGAGAAGCAGAGCUACGAGCAUUGGAGAGAUGAAGAUCCUCCCAGGCACCAUCGCCAUGCCGAUCCAUCUCGUCUCGAAGUCGGAGGGAGAAGGAGACGGCGAAAUCUUAGGUCCUGAUGUGAAGAUCGUGACAUCAGGGAGGCGGAGCAUCUCGGUUGAUUCAUCUAUUCUUGCAUCUGUGUCUCCGGUGCUGCAGAGCUUGCUGGAGCGGCCUUUGAAGCGAGGGCGGAGCUCAGCGAAAGUCAUUCCAGUUCUUGGCGUUCCUUGCGAUGCUGUUCUCGCCUUCGUUCGCUUCCUCUACUCCUCCAGGUUUUCGGAGAACGAGGAGGAAGUGGACAAGUAUGGGAUGCAUCUGCUGGUGCUUUCACACGUGUACCAAGUGGGGCAGCUGAAGCGCGCGUGCGAGGCUGGGCUGGCGGUGCGGCUCACGGCGGAGACGGUGGUGGAUGUGCUGCAGCUGGCUAGGCAAUGUGAUGCCCCUUGGCUUUACCUGCGCUGCAUGAAGUUCUUGGCUAAGGACUUCAGCUCUGUGGAGCAAACUGAGGCUUGGCAAUUCCUCCAGGCUAAUGAUCCUUGGCUGGAGCUUGAGAUCCUUCAGUUCCUUCAGGAAUCUGACUCGAGGGUGAAGCGGAGAAGGAGGAAGAGAGAGCAGGAACAGGUAUAUAUUGAACUAAGCGAAGCAAUGGAAUGCCUUCAGCACAUAUGCAUAGAAGGCUGCACAGACGUGGGGCCUUGUGAUGGUGAGCCACCAAGCAAGAGCAAGGGCCCCUGUUCCAAAUUCAACACUUGCCAAGGCCUGCAGCAUCUCAUCAAGCACUUCGCCGUCUGUGACCGCAAACGAACCCCGGGUGGCUGCUUUCGCUGCAAGCGCAUGUGGCAACUCUUUCGUCUUCACUCGUAUACUUGUGAUCAGCCUGAACCUUGCAAGGUUCCUCUAUGCAAGCAGUUCAAAGAUGGAAUGCAGGAGGUGAAAGUCAAAGGAGGUGAAGGGAAAUGGGAGAUGCUGGUGAGGAAGGUGAUUGCUGCCAGAGUCAUGACUUCACUGGCCAAGAGACACAAACAUGAACCAGUUCAUGAGUAUUGAGUACCUCCUCUCUGUCUCCCCAUCUCUCUGCUUUUACUUUGUUUUGGAAGAAAAUAAGUGCCUGAGUUUGUAUAGUGCGAGUCUUUUUUCUUUCUCCACUAUUGUGAAUAUUCAUGGCUUGUAUUUCUUUUGCUUUCUAAAAUAUGGCCGCUUGUUGUGUUAUAUUGUACUCCCAUGAAAUCCAAACACUGUUAAUGUGUGAAUGAAAUGAAAACAGUGAAAGAAUGCUUUUAUGAGUCUA